AUGAAUAUUAACAGUAUCAUUGCGCUGAGUAUAGAAGGGUUAAGAGGGGAGCUUAGAAGAUUAAAUUUAAAUACGGAAGGCAAAAAGCAAGAAUUGAGAGAAAGAUUAAUUGAUCAUUAUCAAUUAGAAACGCGCGAAAAUGUAGAAGACAAAGAAAUACAGUUUGACAAAAUGGCAACUGUUAAAACGAUACAAGAACGUUCACUGUUUACGCUUCGUGAUGUGGAAGAAUCUCUCACUACAUUUGCAGGGGUGGGUCAACCAAGUGUUAAGAUUUGGGUAGAACAAUUAGAAGAAAUGGCUAUUAGCGUAAACUGGAACGAUCAACAAAAAUUUAUCUAUGCUAAGCAGCUACUCAAGGGCGCAGCCAAAUUGUUUGUCAGAAGCCAGUUAGAGGUAAAGGAUUGGGUGUCGCUCAAAAAAGCAUUAAUUGCAGAAUUCACAGUAAAUUUAACAAUGAAUGAGGUUCAUGCCAUGUUAAAGGGACGAAAGAAAAAACCAACUGAAUCAUUAAGAGAAUAUUUGUAUAGUAUUAUUGAAAUAGCAAAUCAAAUUCAGUUAGAUGAAAUGAGCAUAAUAGACUAUUUUAUAGAAGGAAUUCCAGACAGUAGAGCAAACAAAACCAUAUUAUACCAGGCAACGAGCAUGAAUGAUUUAAAGAGUAAGCUAAGUAUUUACGAAAAGAUCAGGAGAAACACAUACUCGUCAUUAAACACUACAGGAGGGAAAUUUCAAACAGAACAUACUGGGGUACAAGACAUAAAAAUAGAAAGAGAGGAUAGAAAAGAUGGAAAGCGUUGUUAUAGGUGUGGAGGUAAGGAUCAUAUUGCUAAUAGUUGCAAAAUCAAAGAUUAUAAAUGCUUUAGAUGUCAAGAGGUAGGGCACAAAGCAUUCGAAUGUAAACGUCCAGAAAAGGUAGUAGGAAAUAGAAACAAAAACAAUUCUCUCGUUAUAGAAACUAUUAAUGAUGUGCGUCGAAAUGGAACUAAUAGAGUUUUGAAAGAUUUAGGAAUAAAUGGGAAGAAGGUACGUGCUCUAAUCGAUACGGGUAGCGAUGUCUGCAUCAUCAGACACUCCACUUGUUUGCGGUUAGGAAACAUUGUGUUGGAAGCUAGGAGAAAAACAUUGACGGGUAUAGGAGGAAAAGAGAUUAAAACAUUAGGUAGCUUCAUAACAUUAGUCGAUUUAGAUGGUAUCCAAACCAGUUUGAAUCUUCAUGUGUUAAACGAUGAUGAUGUCCAAUAUGAUGCCAUAAUAGGAAGCGAUAUCCUAGAAAUAGUUGACAUUUUGAUCUCCUCAGAUGAUGUAAAGUUUUUGCGAAAGUCUCAGGAAAAACAUAUCGACUUUAAUAAGGAAAAUGUAAGAGAAUGUGAAAAUGAAGUUAGGAAUCUCUAUAACAUUUGUGUGACAAUGGAGCGGGAUGAACCGGAGGUAGUGGUUCAAAGCCAGUUGAAUCAUUUACCAAAGGAAAGAAAAGAGGAGGUAAUAAAUGUUAUAAAGCAUUACAAGCCGAACAAGAAGAUUAAUAACUCCCCAGUAACAAUGAAAUUGAUUUUAACUGAUGAAGUGCCGGUAUUUCAUAGGCCAAGAAGGUUACCACUAGCGGAUCAGCAGACUGUAGAAUCUCAGAUACGUGAAUGGCUAAAGGAGGGUAUUAUUAAAGAAAGCAUGUCAGAAUAUGCCUCGCCGGUGGUUCUAGUAGCGAAAAAAGAUGGCUCCAAGAGGUUGUGCUGUGACUAUAGAAAGCUAAAUUCGAAAAUAAUUAGAGAUAACUUUCCUAUGCCACUAAUAGAUGAUAUUCUGCAAAAGUUACAGUCGGCUGUUGUAUAUAGCACAUUGGAUUUACGAAAUGGAUUUUUUCAUGUGCCUAUUGAAGAAGAUAGUCGAAAAUUUACGGCAUUUGUGACGCAUGGCGGACAGUAUUAA